AUGUCGACGCUACCAAAGCCCCUGCCCGUCGUGCUAUGCGGCAAAAGUGUAGCUAUCGGGGGACCCGCGGCGGGUCUCCUGCAGCCUGACUAUGAGGUCGUCCACUUCAUUCAAUCAAAUGAAGCAGCCCUGGCAGAAAUCCCCCACCUCUUGGCGGGACGUGAUCCCCAAUCUUCCGACGACAACGGCGUCGGCACCCAUGAGUACGGCAGACCUGUGCGCGCAGUUAUUUUUGGCCGGGGAUAUUCCCUCGAAGAUGUCCAAAAAUUCCAUAAGGCUUCUGCUGGAAGUAACGAGGAACCUGUGGUCUGGAUCGCGGGCGAUCCCGCUAAGAAGCCCGAUCUCAAUGGGCCUCAAACGGGACUAGGGUAUGCUCAGGCUGCGGCGGAUGGUGUCAAAGCGGUGCUCGAGAAGUGGAAAGAGGAGGGUGCUACUAAGGAUGGUAUUGUCCUAUGGUGA